AUGGGCAAUAUUUUUACGUUGCCCCAACCCUCCGUGCGCGACAAUCUUCCGGCAGAAAUCUUACUUGAGGUGGCUUUCAAAUGUAGUCCCGUUGAUAUUAUCCACCUCGAGCAAACUUCCAAGAACCUUCGCAAUUUCAUUCAUCAACACAAACAGUACAUUUUGAAGGAAGCUCACAAGAACCUUGCCCGCGGGCGUUGUCCACCACUACCGGAUUGUCCUAUUGUUCAAGCUUCUGGUAACUUUUCGCAUUCGGCCUAUGCAAACUGGGUAUUUGGGGCUGCACCUUGCUCUGUAUGCUCUUCGAUAACGUAUUCAACCCCUGUCAACUGGGCUUUACGAUUACGGGCUUGUUCAAAAUAUUGCAGGACCGUGUUGGCUUCGAAACCCGCCAUUUAUAUCGACAACUCUGGGGAGCUGACGAAGAGCGCUUUUGGCCAAUGGCUCCCUCGGUCGAGCUCUCGCCCCCCAUAUCUCUAUUUCAGAGAGCAUAUCAAGCGAGCGAGACUCGAGCGCGAUCAGGUCAUCGCUGUAUUGAAUGGAUGCCAGCGUCAGAGUACUCUUGAAAUUCCUCGUCGAACUUGGGACCAGCUUCAAGCCGAGUAUGCGAAGAGGGAAGCCGAUCGGCCCAUUCUCGAAAAGAAUGCGGUCGAGCUAGAGCGGUGGUUACCGAUCUAUCGUGUCGAGAAAGCAGUAGUCGAAAAACGCAAUCUUGAACGAGUUCAACUUCUUGCGCAAGUAGAAAACGUGCGAGCAGCUGAAAUCACAUCAACUCCAACAAUGAAGCACAUCCUAUUUGCCUUUGCUAGAGACUUGGCAUAUAUUACCUACAGUGUUUGGAUUGAUAACAGGUCGCGGAUAUUGGCUGAGAUCGAAAACCGUCGUCAAGAAAAGCUGGCAUGCGCGUUUUGUCACCAGCUCGUGAAUUUCAAAGGCUUCAUAUAUCAUAUGUACCGCAGCCAUCCAAAAGAAAACCGAUGUCCAGUGGAGGGAUGUAACAAGAAGCAGAAAGUAAUGAAUGGCGAAGGUCUCGCUGCUCAUUUCCGAGCGAAGCAUCGUGCGGUUCCAAAACUUGAGCAGUAUCGGGUGGACUGCUUUCAUGACCAUGAUGAUAUGUGUUGA